AUGAUACAACCUACCCAAAAUGGCGAGCGAUAUGAGCUCACAAGCCCAACGGAGAUGCCCAAAGCUGGUGCAUUCUUAUGGAAUCAACGUAUGAUGAUUCAGGUCACAUGUCGUGGCUUUGCAACUGCACAAUAUAUGCAACCCGAGCCCGCCAAAUACGCCUACGCACCCAACCUUGAAGCUAAGACCUUCAUGCAACCGGAGCAAAAUUACUAUGCUCAUCACCCCGGCCGAUUUGUAUACAUCAAGGAUGAAGAGAACGGUGACAUCUUCUCGGCGCCGUAUGAGCCGGUAAGGGCAAAGUUGGACCGGUUCACUUUCGAUGUAGGCAAAAGCGACAUCAAAUGGAUUGUGGAGAAGCUCGGCAUCCGCGUGGAGAUGACCUUUCUGCUACCAACAGACGACGUGGCUGAACUCUGGAGCAUCAAAGUCACCAACAUAUCCGGCCGCAAGCGAAACUUGAGUGUCUACCCUUAUUUCCCUUUGGGUUACAUGUCAUGGAUGAACCAAGAGGCGGAUUGGAAUCCAAAUGUUGGAGGCGUGGUUGGGAGCUGUAAGACCCCAUACCAAAAAGCUGAAGACUACCCGAAGACAAAGUACCUGAAAGACAAAACUUACUUCCUCUGCGAAACGACACCAGUCUCAUGGGAAGCAAAGCAAGAGGCUUUCGAGGGUGAAGGAGGACUACAAUCGCCAUCGGCAUUGGAAGAGUCGCAACUCUCAAACAGCGACGCCCGUUAUGAAACCCCAACUGCAGUCGUGCAAUAUAGGGCUGAGCUUGGCGACAACGAUAGCAAAGAGUACAGGUUUCUUUUUGGUCCUGCAUACGAUGAAGCAGAGAUUCUGGAUAUGCGCAAGAAAUAUCUCAACAAAAUGGCGUUCGCGAGAGCCGCCCGAGAGUAUGAAGACUACAUCAUGAGGGGCAACGGUUGCGUACGUCUCGAGACCCCGGACAAAGACCUCGAUAAUCUGGUCAACAAUUGGCUACCACGACAACUGUACUACCACGGCGACGUAAAUAGACUGACGACCGAUCCCCAAACGCGAAAUUACCUACAAGAUAACAUGGGCAUGAGCUUUAUCAAACCGGAGGUCGCGAGGAAGGCUAUCAAGACUGCCGUAGGUCAACAGGAGAGGAACGGUUCGAUGCCGGAUGGUAUCCUAUUAGCAAAGGGCGCGGUUCUCAAGUACAUCAACCAGAUCCCUCACACUGAUCACUGCGUUUGGCUACCCAUCGCCCUCGAGAUCUACCUCAGCGAGACUGGUGACUACGAACUACUGGACGAGAAGGUCACGAGCAUGUAUGGUGAUACAUUCACCGUCUUCGAGCGCUUCAGCCGCGCAAUGGACUGGCUUCUCUCAUCGAAUGCACGCGACGAUCGCGGUCUUUCUUACAUUGCGCAGGGUGAUUGGUGCGACCCAAUGAACAUGGUCGGUCCCAAAGGCGUCGGUGUAUCUGGCUGGCUCACAGUUGCAACCGCCUAUGCCGUAAACCUGUGGGCGCAAAUCUGCGAAGACGCUAACAAACCUGAUGUCGCGAAGAAAUACCGGGCCGGCGCUGACCAGGUCAACGAAUCAGCAAACGAGCAUCUCUGGGACGGCGAUUGGUACGCUCGCGGUAUUACGGACGAUAACGUUACUUUCGGCAUCAAAGACGACAAGGAAGGUCGUAUCUGGCUAAAUCCGCAAGCGUGGUCUAUCCUCGGUGGCGCAGCUUCUUCGGAGCAGAUUUCGAAAAUGCUUCCCCAGGUUGACGAGCAACUCACGACGCCUUAUGGUGUAGUCAUGUUUGGUCCGCCAUUUACAGCUAUGCGUGAGGACGUCGGCCGCGUCACACAAAAGUACCCCGGUCAAGGUGAAAACGGGUCCGUGUAUAACCACGCAGCGGCUUUCUACGCAUGGGCCCUCUAUGGCAUUGACGAGGUCGAUCGCGCAUACUCUACUCUCCGCGCCAUGAUCCCUGGCCCUGAUGAGGAGGAUCUAAUUCGCCGCGGUCAACUUCCCAUCUUCAUUCCUAAUUACUACCGUGGUGGGUAUGGUAUCGAGCACCUGAAUCGUACGGCGGGGCGCUCAAGUCAAUUGUUCAACACCGGAACUGUAAGUUGGGUGUACAGAUGUUUCAUCGAAGGCCUAUGUGGAUUGAGAGGCGUGAGGGAGGGUCUGAAAAUCGCGCCGAAGAUGCCGAGUGCGUGGGAUGAGAUGAAAGUAAGGAGGGAGUUUAGAGGGGCGGUGUUUGAUGUUCAGAUCAAGAGGGGAGAUGUGAAAGAUGUGAAGGUUGUGGUUGAUGGACAAGGAAUGGAGAGCAACGUUAUCAAGAAUGUUGUUGCUGGAAAGACGUACAAAGUGCUCGUAGAGGUACCGAUGGCGAAGAAGACAGGUACGAACGGCACGGUGUCGAAUGGUAGCAGAAUGAAGGCAGAUCUGACCAAUGGGUCAGCGAAGAAUGGGAACGGAAAGGCGAACGGCACUGAUGGGACGAAAUAG